AUGAAUUCAACAAGCUCUAAUACUAUCCCUCUUGUCGAUAUUGUUGCACAUUCAAACGGUGGAAAUCUCGCUUUAUAUAGUACUUUUACUCAAGAUUGUUCGUAUAUUGAUGGAGAUGGUAAUUUUAAAUUUCGAUCAUCACCACAAUCAAAUCCACAUAUUGGAAAAAUCAUAACAGUUGCACUUUCUUCAAAUCAAACAGAAGUAAAUUGGAUGCGUCAAAUAAAUAAACUUGAUAACUUAUUCAAUGUUAAUGCCAAAUUUAACGCAUUAAUGGCUUAUAAAAAUGUGCGCUGGCAGAAGAACUUCCUUCAAGUGUCAAGUAUAUUGAUGUAG